AUGGAUGCCUUCAUUUCGAGGAAACGCAAAAACUUGUCUAUCGAUGCAGAUGCAUCUGGACCAGCUGCUCCAGCCGCUCAAGAGGACGAUCAUGAGGACAGCACCGAAUUCAAGCUUGCUUUGCUUGCAUCUAUGCAUCCCGAUGUUGCCCAAGAUAUUUUGCUUGAGGCCUUGUUGUCUUCCGACGGCUUAGUUGAUACCGCCUCCGCUCUUCUGGCCAAAGACAGAACCACGUCCUUGGGUCAAUCAAAGAGAGCCAAAACCGUGGGUCAUCAAUCUACGCUGGCCAAUCUGAUUCAUUCCGCGGGUGGUGAACCUCCUCUGACCAAGCACCUCACAAAGAAAGGCAAGACUCUUUUCUUGUAUAGCCCGCAGGAUAUCGAAACACAUACGCCAUGUUCCAUCAUCCACAACUUUCUCCCUGCCGACGAAGCCAAUGCAUUGCUUACAGAGCUCUUGGAUGAGUCAAAGACAUUCGAAAAAGAAGUCUUUCAGCUCUUCGACCGUACUGUCGAGAGUCCACAUACUAUGUCCUUCUAUGUCGACAGCUUCAAGGAAGCUGAAGAACAGAAGACAACAUACGUCUACAAUGGCAGCACCAUCAAAGACAUUCGACAAACACCCCCGAAGAUGUUAUUUGCAUCUGCUAAGGUGCGUCAAGCUGUCAACAAUGAGAUUCAACGUCGAAUUGCUCAGUUCUACCCCAACGGUGAGAAGCUCAAGUAUCAGGAUCCCAAAGAAUGGAAGCCAAACACUGCUUUUGUAAAUUGCUAUGAUGGGCCUCAACAAAGUGUUGGGUAUCAUUCUGACCAGCUGACCUAUCUCGGUCCUCGCGCUGUCAUCGGAAGUCUUUCAUUGGGCGUAGCUCGCGAAUUCAGGGUCCGCAAAAUCGUACCCAAGGACACCAGUAACGACUCUGGGAACUCAAGCGCUGGAGACUCACAAGGUCAGAUCUCGAUUCACCUGCCUCACAACUCUUUGCUCGUCAUGCAUGCCGAAAUGCAAGAACACUGGAAGCACAGCAUUGUCCCGACUACUGCCAUUGAUCCACAUCCCAUAGCUGGAAACAAGCGAAUCAACAUUACCUACAGAUACUACAAACCUAGCUUCCACCCAAAGUUUACACCCAAAUGCCACUGUAAGAUACCAGUUGUACUCAGAUGCGUACAAAGAAAGUCUGAGAACCUGGGUCGCUACAUGUGGAUGUGUCACGCCGGUUACACACCAGGCCAAAAAGGCUGUUCUUUCUUCCAAUGGGCAGAAUUUGAUGAUGAUGGCGAACCACCUUGGAAAGACAAAGUCGAGCGAUCUGAGACUGGCUGA